AUGAACUCGGCCUCUCUGAAUAUCAUAUUUCUCACUAACUGGACAGACGCCCCUGAGGACCCCCUCUCCUCCCUGGAGCUGUUGCAGGCCUCCUUCUCGUGGCAGGCGCCGGACCCUGACGGCACGCGUAGUCCACCUGAGGAGCACACCAACAGCGGGUCUUCAACAGGAAGUCUGUUACUCAGCAGUCUCAACCUCAGCGUACAGAAGGGCCGGUUGGUGGCCGUGGUAGGGAAGGUUGGCUGUGGGAAAAGUUCUUUACUGGCAGCCAUCAGUGGAGAGCUUCAGAGGCUAGGAGGGUCUGUGUAUGUAGCUGGUAGGACAGAGGGGUUUGGCCUGGCCGCCCAGGAGCCCUGGAUCCAGCACGCCACUGUGAGAGACAACGUCCUGUUUGGACGGGACUUUGACAGCACCUUUUACCAGACCGUGAUUGAGGCCUGUGCUCUCAGUGAUGAUCUCAAUAUGUUGCCAAGCGGGGACCGGACGGAGGUGGGCGAGAAUGGCGUGACUCUAAGCGGAGGACAGAAGAGCCGUCUGGCCCUGGCCCGUGCUGUUUACAUGGACAAGGAGAUCUACCUCCUCGAUGACCCUUUGGCAGCAGUGGAUGCUGAUGUCGCCCAUCACCUCAUGGAGAAAUGCAUUCUGGGUAUCCUCGGCACCAAGACCAGAAUCCUUUGCACUCAUCGUAUAGAGUUUUUGGACAGGGCGGACGUGGUGGUCCUCAUGGACAAUGGGACAAUCGUUAAAAUAGGAUCGCCCAGUGAGGUUCUUCCCUUGGUGGAAGCAGAGCCAAAGGACCGAAAGAAUGAUAGCAACAAAAAAGAGAAAGAUGUCAUACAUCAGAAGGAGGAGCAGGAGUCAUCCAAUGAGCUACCUCUGGAGGAGGGGCCUGAAGAUUCGGGGGAGGAGCAGAAGCAAGUGGGAGGGCUGGCCUGGUCUGUGUACACAGCCUACUGGAGGGCCGUGGGCGGGGCCCUGGCUGCGUCCGUCCUCUUCAGUCUGCUCCUAAUGCAAGCGUCUAAGAAUGUGUCAGAGUGGUGGCUGUCCCAUUGGAUCUCCCACCUGAAGAGCAACUCCUCAGGUGCUGCUGUUGAUGUUGAUCUCCCGCCUCCUCACCAAUCUCCACUGCUGCUCCUCUUCUCCCCCGGCGGCCUCACGUCCCCACUGUCGCUCAGGGAGACGUCGUCGCUGGGCAACAUGAGUUCUGACGUUAAGUUCUACAUGACGGUGUACGGCUCCCUGGCUACUGCCAACACGCUCUUCACCGCUGCCCGUGCCUUCCUCUUCGCCUACGGCGCCAUCUGUGCUGCUGCAGUCAUCCACGACAGGCUACUAGGCAGAGUGCUGAAGGCCACAGUGACCUUUUUCGAUACCACGCCUCUGGGCCGCGUGCUCAACCGCUUCUCGUCAGACAUGUACAGCGCGGACGACUCGCUGCCCUUCGUGCUCAACAUCCUGCUGGCCAACGUGUUCGGGCUGCUGGGCAUGCUGGUCGUCAUGACCUACGGGCUGCCCUGGCUGCUGCUCCCGCUGCUGCCACUGGGGGCGCUCUACUACCGCACGCAGCGCUUCUACCGGCACAGCUCGCGCGAGCUCAAGCGCCUGUGCAGCCUCACGCUCUCGCCCGUCUACUCGCACUUCUCCGAGACGCUCGCCGGCCUGAGCACGGUGAGAGCCAGCGGUAGCGCCGCCAGGUUUGAGGAGGAGAACGAACAGCGUUUGGAGCAGAACCAGCGCUGUCUGUUCGCCAGCAACGCCGCCAUGCAGUGGUUGGACAUCCGCCUCCAGAUGAUCGGUGUCGCCCUGGUGACCGGCAUCGGCAUCAUUGCAGUCGUCCAGCACCAGUUCAAAUCCAUAGACCCAGGCCUGGUGGGCUUGUCCCUGUCCUACGCCCUCUCCAUCACCAACCUGCUCUCCGGGCUGAUCUUCAGCUUCGCCCAGACGGAGAUGCAGAUGGUCAGCGUGGAGCGCACGGAGGAGUACAGCACCUGCGUCCCCGUGGAGCCCCAAGAUGGCCGCCGCCAGGUCCCCCCUGAGUGGCCUCAGCACGGCCGGGUGGAGUUCUCCGGCGCCGUGCUGGCCUAUCGGCCGGGCCUGCCCAACGCCCUGGACGGGGUGAGCGUGGAGGUGCUGCCCGGGGAGAGGGUGGGCAUCGUGGGCCGCACGGGCUCUGGGAAGUCCACCCUCUUCCUGGCUCUCUUUCGCAUGGUGGAGCUGAACCAGGGCUGCGUCCUGCUGGACGGAGUUGACAUUAGCCAAGUGGCAUUGUCUCAACUCAGGUCAAAGAUGGCCGUCAUCCCUCAGGACCCCUUCUUGUUUUCCGGCUCGGUGCGGGACAACCUGGACCCCUGUGGCCGGCACUCUGACCCGCGCCUCCUGGAUGCCCUGGAGCAGUGCCACCUGGAGCAGGUGGUCAGAAGGAUAGGGGGUCUGGAGGCGGAGAUGGGGGAGAAAGGGAAGUCUCUGUCAGUGGGUCAGAGGCAGCUGUUGUGUCUGGCACGAGCCCUGUUGACCGAGGCUAACGUCCUGUGCAUUGAUGAAGCCACUGCAAGCGUCGACCAGAAGACUGACAUGCUUCUACAGAAGACCAUAAGAGACAUGUUUAAGGACAGGACUGUCCUGACUAUUGCACACAGGCUCAACACCAUCAUGGACUCAGACAGAGUCAUUGUGAUGCAUGCUGGGAAGGUGGUGGAGUUUGACACCCCUGCUGCUCUCUCCCAGAGGGACGACUCGUUCUUCCACAGGCUGCUGGGAGGAAGAGGAGCCUGAAGGCCAACAUAUGCCUCCGACACUGAUGAUAUGACAAUGAUGAUGUGACACUGAUGAUAUGACAAUGAUGAUAUGACAAUGAUGAUAUGACGCACCUUAAAGUUACAGAUGAUAUGUCAGAGUUCGGCUAAGGGUGCAGAUAUAAUGUAUUGGUUAUGUAAGAAUGUUGCCACGUUGUUGUACCUACUUAACAGUAAAGAGUUACUCAGGGAUGAAGGUUUGUUUUUAGAUGUGUUCUUUAGAUGCAGUUCUGUUUGUUUGAUACAAUCAUGUUGUCACAAGUAAAGAUUGAUCGAUGUUUUUUUAAAUUCCUCCA